UGAUUUGCUGAAAUCAAAACAGGGACGAUAAUAGAUGGGCGCCGGCCAAUGAGAUUGUCGUUUGCGCAUUAGUUCCGCCCACUAACAGAGAAACCGGCAGUUUUUAAAAGCUGAAGAAUUCCAAAGGAACUCUGUUAUUUUGACAGGAAAAUACAACAAAGAAUAUCGUUUACAUGUAGCGCGUCAAUUCUGUAUGUUAUGAAAGACUCUCUUGCUCUGUAUCUUUCUGUGCGCGCGUGUAUGUGAGAGAAAGCGACGGCGAGGUGUGCGCCUUCACACUAGAGUUUAUGCAUCUGCUCUUCACUAGAUCUAGAUCAUCUGAAGGAUUUGACUGAAUCAAGAUGCUGCUGAUCAUUGAAGCUCUUCUUCUCAUUUUAGCUGCUCUAGGACAGGAUCACAGAGCUGCUGCUGCUGCUGUUGAAAAGAAAUUUCCAUUGGAUAUGGCACAGAAUUCAGUUGAUGACCAAUAUGAGGGUUGUAGAGAGAAAAUGUCAGACCUGGUGGAGACAAAAUAUAUGAAGCAAGAAAUGUCUAACCCCAAAUCUAAAUUUGCAAUUGCUUGGAAACUUGCUGAAAAUAAUUACAAGCCACCAGGAGACAGCUUGACAAAGAAUCAUUCAAUCGCUAUUUAUGUGUAUACUAACUCAGGUUUUGAGGUAUAUAAGGAGUUUAAUGAAGCUGACCGUAAUGACAAGAAAAGAUACAAAAACAAGACAUUCAAAUGGUAUUCACUUCAUUUUCUGUUAACAGAUGCGAUACAGAUUCUGAAGAAAACACAAAAUAAAUGCUAUUCCACUUAUCGUGGUACAAAUGUUAAAUUUAAACAAAAUGUUAGGAACAAAAAAGUUCGUUUUGGCUCAUUUACAUCAUCCUCUAUUAAUCAUAACAGGACAAAGUUUUUUGGAAAUGUAUCCUGUUUUGAAAUCAACACUUGUGAAGGUGCUGAGGUGACAAAAUAUUCUAAGCUUCCUCAAGAGAAAGAGGUGCUGAUUCCUCCAUAUGAGACGUUUAAAGUCACUGCUGUCAAGAAAAGAGGUCAGCAAGAUCUCUGGUGUGACACUGUGUACACUUUGAAAAGCUCUGGUAAGAGAAGUGACCUAAACUGUGCUCUAUUCAAGAAACCAACCAAGACCAUAACAAAAUACUAUGUUGAGCAUUGAAUAGUGCUUUAAACUUCCACAUGAAUCAAAGAAUGUUUUCCUCUCGGUUUAGUUCAAUAAUAAUUAUUUGUCAGAAAACACAAUUUGUUCAUAAUAAAGUUAAUUUUAA